AUGUCCCUCUGGGUCGACAAGUACCGCCCUCGCUCGCUCGAUGACUGCCACUACCACCCCGAGCUCUCAUCAAGGCUAAAGUCGCUCGCUGCUUCGGGCGACUUCCCGCACAUUCUCUUCUACGGCCCCUCGGGUGCAGGCAAGAAGACGCGUAUCAUGGCGACUCUGAGAGAGCUCUACGGUCCUGGUGUCGAGAAGCUCCGCAUUGACCAGCGCGUGUUUGUUACGCCCUCGAACCGCAAGCUCGACGUCAACGUCGUCCAGUCCAACUUUCACAUUGAGCUCACCCCUUCGGAUGUGGGAAUGUACGACCGUGUCGUCAUUCAGGACAUUCUCAAGGAGAUUGCCCAGACCCAGCAGGUCGACUUGAACGCAAAGCAGAAGUUCAAGGUGGUCAUUAUCAACGAGGCCGACUCGCUCACGCGUGACGCGCAGGCUGCCCUGCGUCGUACUAUGGAAAAGUACAUGACCAACAUGCGUCUCAUCAUGUGCGCCAACAGCACGAGCAAGAUCAUUGCUCCCAUCCGCAGUCGUUGUCUCCUCGUUCGCGUCUCUGCCCCCUCAGACGAAGAGAUGGCCACUGUCCUCACCCAUGUCGCCAAGAAGGAACGCUUCCACCUCCCGGCCACGGCUAGCGAGUCCAUCAUUGAGGCGUCGGACGGAAACCUCCGCAAGGCUCUCUUGGUCUUUGAGGCUAUGAAGAUGCAGAGGCCAGACCUCGAGGGUGACAUUGACGUCGCUCGCCCUGAUUGGGAGACGUACUGCGCCAAGGUUGCCGACAUGAUUUUGCAGGAACAGUCGGCAUCGCGCCUCCUCGAGGUCCGCGCCAAGAUUUACGAACUCUUGUCCCACUGCAUUCCGGCACAUGUCGUGCUCAAGACCAUCGCUGACAGGAUCGUGGACAAGGUGGACGAUGAAUUGAAGGCUUCAGUCGUGCACUACGCUGCUCACUACGAGCUCCGUAUGCGUCAAGGCUCGAAGAAGAUCUUCCACAUCGAGGCCUUCGUGGCAAAGAUUAUGUCUGUUGUGAAGCAGUAUGCGCUCAUGGGCAUGACCGAGGACUGGGAAUAA